AUGGGACGUCACAAAAAGAAGAGCAAAAGGCAACGGUCACCCUCGUCGUCCUCAUCAACCUCAAGUGACGACGACUAUCGCGGUCAGCGUAACUAUAAACAGCAAAAGAAAAAAUCAAAAUCCAGAUCAAAUGUAAGUCACACACCUCCUAUAAUACAGCCGCAUAGUGCACAGUCCUCGCAAUUUAUAGCCGUUUCAAAUAUAAUACCGGAUUUUGAUCCUAAAUUCAGAGAUAUUAACGAUUGGAUUGAAAUAAUUCAGUUCAAUGCCAUUAGUUAUCAUUGGUCUGAUACUACAAUUAUAUUUCAAGCUCUAAGCAAAUUAAAAGGAACCGCAAAAACGUGGUAUGAUGGGUUCAUAGAGAGCGAAUUGGGGUGGUCACGCUUUACUUGGGCAGAAUGGAAAGAUGUUUUAAUAUCAACUUUUCAAUCUAAUCGAGAUUUUGAUAAUGAGGCUGAGGACACACACGAAUGUUUCGUUUUCAUAUCAGAUAAACUGGCGGAGGAAAUAACACUAACAAUUGGCCAAGCCUUCGAACUAGCCUAUAAACGGUUCCUGGAAACUUCUGGCAAGGACUUGGAAUCCCAGCGCAGGGCGAUGAUCACACAACAGAAGAUAAAAAGGUUGGAACAAGAGAACAACGUUUAUAAACAAAGGCUGUUGGAAAUAUCUCAGUUUAGUAGUAUUAGGCCUGAACUUGAUCAGUAUUUGAGGAAGAAUGAUAUCAGAAAUAUAUUGGAAGUGAAGUCGUCGUUGAAUAAUAAUAGUAACUCUUCUAGUGAUAAUACGACUGUGAAUAACUCAAAUCAGACUAAUGGAACUACAAAGGAACUUUUAGAUCUUAAUUCAGAAAUCACGAAUGGAGCUCCACCCGUACCACCAAGAUCAUUUGAAAAUACUCCUGCAGUGGGCACAAAACUGGAAGGCUUGUUAUUAAAUGAAUUAGAACAUGACAAUGAUUUUGAUCCCCGAUCUUUUGAAAACAACCACAAUACCCAAUUCUACCCUAACACCAAUGGCAACACUUCAAGUCCACCACUAAUUGCACCACCUCCGAAGGCACCUAGACGUAGUAAUCUCAGCCUUAAUACCAAUAACGGUAAUAAUAAUGGUGAUUUCAAAACUUCAGGUCAAGAUUUGUUUGGCACUACACCAUUUACACCUGCUCUAACGCCCUCUCCAAACAGUGUUACUAGUGGCAAAAUACUGGAUCCAUUUGAGAUGGGUGAUUUUGGAAAUGCAGCUACUCCUCAAGACCUUGAAAAUGCUAUUGGACUAUUAGAUAAGAGAAUACUUGAAAUGAAGGUAAUAAUGAGAUAAAAUAG